AUGAAGAAAAAAAACAAAAUCAUUAAAUUAUUUGAUAUGAUUCACAAAUAAAGCAAUAAAUGUAUUUAAGAGGGACAUGAAUCUCAAGAAAUUUUAGGUUUUUGUAUUAAUGCAAAUUGCAAGCCUUCUCCAAUUUGUUUUAAGUGCAUAAAAAUUUACCAUCAUGAUCAUUUAGAGAAAUGUAUAGAAUAGAGUGAAAUUCUUAAGUUUGUUAAUGAUAUCAUUGAAUAACUUAAAUAAAGUAAAGUUUAAAUUGAAAAAACUAUGGGAGAAUUUUUUUUACUCUUUCAGAGUGUUAUUGAAAAUAUGAAAAAAGUAAAUAUUAAGAAUACAAUAUAAUAAAAAUAUCUAAAAUUGAAAAAUAUUAUUAAAGGAGAAAGAAAGAUGGAUGAAAUGUUAAAAUCUAUGGAGGAUAUUGUUAAAAAUCUAGAGAAAAACAAUUAUUCUUUCAUAUAUGAAAAUGCAGAGUUAAUAAAAUAAUCUGUGAAUCUUUAAAACAAAAUUACAAACCAAAUGAAAUAAAUAUAUAAUAUAGUAAAAAGGAUGGUUGCUAUCUAAGAAAAUAAAAUAUAAUGCCAAGAAGAUAGAUCAUAAUUUUUAAAUGGUAUUGAUAUUUAUAUAAGUUGGUAAAGUUUUAGUAGAAAAUAUUACAGAAGUUUUAAUUAAUGAAAUUUAUCCUGGCACUUAUAAAGAAUUAUUUCAGAAAGGUGAUAAAAAUAUGCUUAUUUUAAUAGGAAAAGCAUUAGUUUAAGUGAAGAAAUAUAAAGAAGCAAUUUAACUUUUCGAUAAAACAAUUUAAAUUAAUCCUUAAUUUUAUAAAGCUUAUUAUCAAAAAGGUAAUAAACCUUUUAUAUUCAAUAGGCUUCGCGUUACAGAAAAUAAAUAGAUAUGAAGAAGCGAUUAAAUCUUUCAACUAAACAAUAUAAAUUAAUCCUUAUUUUUAUAAAGCUUAUAAUAAAAAAGGUAACAAAACAUUUAUAUUCAAUUUAAUAGGCAUAGCAUUAAGCAAGAUGGAGAGAUAUGAAGAAGGGAUUUCAUGCUUAAAUCAAUCAAUUGAAAUUUAUCCCACAUAUUUUAAAACCUAUAAUAGUAAAGGUAAUAAAAUUUUAAUUUUGACCUUUAAUAGGUUAUGUGCUAAGUUAAAAGAAAAAAUUUGAAGAGGCUAUUUUAUGUUAUGAUUAAUCAAUUAGGUUUAACUCCCAGAAUGAUAAUGCAAAAAAUGGCAAAAGUAAUUAGAUUCAUCUUUAUUAGGCUAUGCGUUAAGCGAAAUGUAAAGAAUUUAACAAGAAAACCCUUCGCCGGAAUAUUCAUUAAUAUAAUUUAUUGAUGAAAGUUAAUAAUUUUAGGAUAAAUAAUAAUUAGAAUUAGAAUAUUAAAAAGUUUAAAUGCCUUUAGGUAAAAAGCAUUUUCUGAUAUAUCCACCAGAAAAAAGAAAUAUGAUUUAAUGUACAAUAAGGAGGAACAGAAGAUUUUAUCCAAUAUAUGAAAUGCAUCUUAUGAAUGAAGAGUUUUUAAUGUAUGCACAAAAGAGACUAUUUAAUACAUCAAGCAGCUAUAUAAUUUAUGAAUCAGAAAAUGAUAUGAAAUAAAGUCAAAAAUUUUUAGGUAAAGUAAGAAGCAAUUUUGAUGGAACUUAAUUUAUCUUAUAUGAUUCAGGUUUAAAUCCAUAGAAGACAAACGAUCGAGAGAAAUUUAGACGUCAAUUAGGAAUUGUUCAGUAUAAAAGUAACUUAUUAAGAGGGCAUCUCAAGAUGGUGGUAAUAUAUUUUUGAGUAAAUAAAAGGUUCUAUUGCCAAAUUUGAAUGAUAGAGAUUAAUUUUAUGAAUUCAAACCUACCAAUUAAUAGGAUGGAAUAUUAAAGGAAUAUUAAAAUAAAAAUAGUAAUUAAAUUAUGACCUGUGUAAAUAAUCUCCCUAAAUGGAAUGAUCAACGAAAAUAGAAUGAAUUAUCUUUUCGUAAACGGGUAACACAAGCUAGUGUUAAAAACUUUCAGCUGAUUGAAGACAAGAAAGAGAAUAAUAUAUUAUUGUAAUUUGGUAAAGUUGGAAAAGAUCAAUUUAAUCUAGAUUUCUAAUAUCCAAUUACACCGCUUUUAGCAUUUCAAAUUGUGUUAACUGUAUUUGAUUACAAAUUACUAGUUGCAUGA